AGGACAUUUCCUGAAACACCUGCACCUGCCUGCAGUGUACCCAUGGCCCCGGGAGGAAUGGAUGUGAGCUUUGUCACUGUGUUGGCUGUGCUGGCGGCUGCAGUGAGCCUUACAUCCCCAACUUUAUUUCCUGAGGCCUUCAACUGUUGCACGAAAAUCUCAGAAGAAAUUCCUAAAGGAAUUCUCCGAAGAGUGGAGAGAUUUGAAGUCCAGAAACAUGAUGGCCUGUGCCACCUACAUGCUGUUAUCCUCCAUAUAGAAGGCAGAAAGUUCUGUGUAAGCCCACGGAUUAAAAGACUUAAAAAAUGGAUGAAGAAGAAUAAACACAAGAUCCCCAGAAAAAGACAUCAUGGAAGAAAACAGAGAAGAACCAAAACAUUGAAAAAAAGAAGAGAAUAAACAGUAACAAGAAGCAAGCCCCAUAAUGAAGGUACCUGUGGUAUACAGAACUGUGAACAAAGUUACCAGACUGCAUCAAGGAUGGAUGAUUACACCAUUAAAAUGACCUUUCAAAUAUCUAUGUGCUAGAUGAACCAUCACCUGUAAACAGGAAUAAUGUUGGGCCAACUACAAACAAAACAGCAAAAUGGUGUUCCUGAAAGUGUCUUGUAGCAAGUGCUCUGCUGUCCCUCCAAAUCUAUGGAUGCACUUAAAUCCUCCCCUCUCCAACUCUGUUUUUAUUGCUACCUCCCUUGAUUUUUACUUGACGUGCCAAUAUUCCUUCUCAGUGCUCCAUUCAUCUAAGCUCCUUUUUUGUCCCUACUGGCAUCUUUUUUUUUCUGCAAUACCUUUGUGCUGUUGCCUCUUUUGUUUCUACUCUUUCAGUCAUUAACUAUGAUUUUUUUUCUUAACUAGUCUUACAGAUACCUUUCCAGAUACUACUCUAUGAUGGCCUACACAUUCUUUGCCUAUUCCAAACACUUCCUGCUCUCAGCCAUUGUUAUCACUGAAAACACUAUCCAAAGCAAUGCAGUAAAGAUAAUCCCUAUUGCUUUUGUUCAUUUCAUUCCCUCUUCUUUACUGCAUUUGAUAAAUUAGUUCCUCAGAGUUAUCUCUAGUAUUUGUGUUUUUUUCAUGUCUAACUUCAUACUGCAAACAUGGGAGAAUGCUUGGCAAAUGACAGUAGAUAGAACAAUCUGUAAAUCCUCUAAAUAAAGUAAAGAUGAACAUCUAUAUCAAGGUUACUAGAGAAUGAAUAGCAUAUGUCCACAGAUACAUAUCUGAUGAAAGGAACUCUUUCCAAAACAGAUAAAAGACAACAAGAAGCAUAAUUAUAAUCUCUGAUGAGCCAACAGUGUCCUAACAGAGAUGAGGCAACUCUUCUUUCAGUUUCUGGGGAAUACUGCGUACUGGCACAGCUCCACCCUGCUGCCAGGAGUAGGAGAACAUUCUGAUCAUACACAGGAGUUCUUCAUCCCCACUGCCUUGUGCUGCACGAUGGGGUGGCCUGGAUGAUACAAACUGAAAUGAUGCUUGAUUUAGCCAUUUCAUUUCUGUCCUGAUGCUGCUCUAAGUGCAUGUCGUAUGUACACAGCACAUGUGUAUUAGAAUCCAAACCUAAUGGGGCCAGGUCAGCAGACUGUCAUGAAUACUAAAUUGCUGCAAACAUAUUACACUGUUUUGUCAAUUUCUUUUCUUCCUCGUGCUCUAAUGAUUCCAAAUUUUACCUUCAUUCUUCUCUCUUGAGUAACAGAUUUCCAGGAGGGCUGAUGACAAUGUCUCAGCUCCUCAUAUUCUUUCCAUCAACACAACCAGUGGUUUUAGUACAUGUGGGCUUUACCUAAGUAUGGACUAAAGUACUGUCUGUACUCUAAUUUCCGUGACUGUUCUAUCAUAGAUAUUCAGCAUAUUCAGAAAAACAGCAAAUUGGGAUAUAACUGUAGUUCUGUAGUUUUUGAUAACUGAAAUUGCUGCAGUGCCACAGAUAUUUUAAGACCCAGAGAGAUAUGCAACUUAAAUGCAAUUACAAUUCUUGCCUUUAUCAAGCUACUUUAAAAGACAGACUUUGAUAGUUUUGUUUAUAUCUUUCAGUUCUUUGGAGUGUUCAUUAUCUCAUAUAAGGUUCUUAUGGAUACUUUAGAUCAAAUAGAGAGAUUACGAGAAGGUAGAAGUCAUCUCCAAGCUGACAAGUGUAUUUUGGCUGGGUUCCUUUGCAUUCUUUUGGAAAAAAAUUAAAAACUGAAAUUAGGAAUAAUUUCUACAAAUCAUUCAAUGUAAAAAGCUUUCCAUAACAUUGGUAUAUAAAAUAUCAAGGCAACACUUUAAAGAUCCACUCUCUGGUAGAGUAGGUUUAUUCCUGAACCCUGACACACAAAUAUGACAAAGAACCAUCCAGCUAGCAAACCUUCAGUUAGGAGAUGUCACACCCUCUGUACUUGAGUGUUAUUUUUGACCUUUGCUAUUUUGUACUUGGCAACAAAAUAAAAUCAAUUUUUUUUUUCCAGUAAAGUCAUCUCAACGUUGUGUUUUGCAGAACAUGUCACUACAGCACAUGACUUUGUCUUCCCAAAAAUGCUAGUUUAAGCUAUCUUUUCAAUUAAUUCAGGUACCCAAAGAUGCAGCCAGUUGCUUCUGAAUGCACUGAAUAUUUUAGUGACUUAGAAGUCUGGUUUCCAUUGAAUUCCAUUCAAAAUGGGCUUAUGAUUCAUUUAAUAUUCUUGGAAAUUCCAAGUUUUAAGAAACAUCCUUAGUAUCUGGCUGUUCAUUUAUUUUAUGUAAUUAAACUAACAUAACAGGCUGUCUCUCUAGGAAGCUUAAGAAAAAAAGCUACCACAAGAAUGACUGCCUAAGAAUUUCCAGAAGUAACAGAAGUAAAGAAGUUGUUGGGAGACAGCUUUUGAGACAAAACCAGAACCCUAAAUUUGAUACACUGACUUAAAACCAGGAGGAGAAUCACCAGAGAACACACAUGCUUCCUUCCUUGGGAGGUCCUACUUCUGCAUAAGUGAAAAAUGGUAAGAGAGACUCAACUCCAAACUCCUGUCAAAAUACACUCGAAUGAUGAAUGGAAGGAAAAAGAAGCGUUUGUCCUCUCCCUGCCAACAUCCUUGCAUGUUGCUGCUACGUGGUUCUUCUGAGUUAUUGUAGGUUUCUUUGGUAAUACAGCAUCUUUACUAAAUGACUUCUCGUUUGUUAGGUUUCCCAUUCUGUGGCUACUAUGACAGUGUGCAGCAUUCAUUCUGGCGUGUUACUCCGAACACACCAAAAGCAGUCUCUAUUACAGUCUCUAUUGAAAAUAUCACUGUUUCUUCGGUCAUAAAAGGAGAAUGACUUGCAUUCUCACCAGCAGGGGUGAAAACGGUGGCAAUCACAUGUCUGGAGAAUAAUUUGGUAGAUGAGUAUAAUUAAUUACCUAAGAGAUCUAGAACAAGUUCCACCAACAACUCUACUAUUCUUACUGCAAUCUCUUUGAGAAAUCCAUAUAAAAUGACUGUAGCCAAUUCCACUGCAAGAGCAGAUCCUUUCUUGCAGAGAUAAUAGCAGUGUUUUAUAAGAAUUACCAUACAUACACCCAAUGAUAGGAUAAUCAGAUCUGAAGCCUCGUAAAGCUGAAGAAAAAGAAUAAUACUAUUGACAACAGUUAUAGAAGAAAUUGUACUGAUUAAAUUAGAAGUAGUAAUAAACCUUAGGCUAUUAAAUGCUGCCAAAAGCUACUAAGUUAGUCAUCAAACCAGUCUGCAAGAGGAGGUCAUCUGAACUUGAUGUAAAUUUAAAUCUGCACUUUGAUCCAGAAACAUCCUUAGGAGACAAAUACAUUGCUUUUACCAGUAUAGAUUAAACAUGGUCCCUGAAUUUAACGUUUUUGAAAUUAUUUUUAAAAGGACUGAAUUACAUCUACAGAUUCUGUUUUAAAAUUGUGAAAAUCCAGCAACUGGCUUUCUCUUAUCGUUUGUAAGGUGUAAUCUUGAAAUGUGCUUUUUUACAGUCACAGUAGGAGAACGUGGUUAUAAUUCUGUUGGCUUCAGGUAGCUGAUCUUUUUAUUUUUGCUGCAAAUACAUUCUUUUAGAUCAAUAGUAAUGAUGUUGUGCAUGUCUACGUCAUUCUAUUUUCUACAAUAUGGAAAGUAAAUACAAAAGAUGGUGGAAAGUCAUUCAUAAUCCUGCAUCAUGGAAAAGAAGGCAG